AUGGCAACUAUAUCCGAUGCGCGCGCCCAGACGGGCGGCGCUCUAGACAUUCGAGUCGAAGAUUUCCUCGACGACAAGCUACAAUCCACCACCGACCUCGAGAACCUCGACUCCCUGAUCGCCAAUGUCGAGGUCCAGCGCAGCCAGCUCCAGUCCCAGCUCGACAACGCCGUCAAACAGCUCGACGAAGCCCGCCGCACCGCUGGCGAUCGCCAGUCCUCGCUCGCUCAGCGUAUACAAGACUUCCAGGAGCUGCAGCACAGCAUCGACGUCCGUGUCAAGAUCGCCGCAGCAUCUGAUGCGCCGAACCAGGCCAUUGCCAGGCUGCAAAGGCCCAUGAAGAAGCUGCAGACGAUUGAGCUGGCGCAAAAAUACCUGGUACUCCUGCAGGAUGUGGAUAGGCUGAGGGCUGAAGCCCGGUCGCAUCUCCCCGAAAGCCCCAAGGCCGCGCUGGAGCCGUACUCGAAGCUGAAGCAGCUGUCUAGGCGGUUGGAGGAGCUAUCUGGGCCGGCGGACGACGCUGCUGUGCACCUCGUCAACCAUGUUCGCAACGUCGCUGACAAGUUGUGGGACGAGAUGAAGAAGAUCAUGUCUGGCGAGCUAGAGGCUAUACUGAGCAAGAGGUCGUGGCCCUUGGUUGAUCCGACAUCUGAGAUGGACGACGAAUGGCUGGCAUGCUUCGAGAAGCUGAUCGACCUGCAAAUCCCCGAGGUCAUACUGAACAAGUCAAUCGUCAGCCUUCUUCCGUUUGACGUCAUGAGCAAGAUCUUCGUAUCAGAGUUCCGCUUCCACUUCAUGAGCGACAAACCAACAAGCAAGCCUGAUGCGAUAGGGACGCACUGCUUCCCUUGGUUUCUGGCGACCAUUGAAAAGUGGGAGGACUUCUUUAGGGAUAACCUGGGCUUCACUCUGGCUGCGAAGCUCCGCGAUACCCCUGCUGGAAACAGCUUGGUGUACGUCGAUCCAGUUUGCGCCUUCAUCACGAGCAUGCUCCCUGUCAUGAGGGAAAAGGUCAAGGCCGCGACCGCAGAUGCUGCUAAUAACCCGACAUUCUUGAGCAGUCUCAUGGGCCAGCUUAUGACUUUUGAUGAGAACAUCCGCUCUAAGUUCAACUACGACGGCGGAAAUGCGGAACAAGGCUGGCCUGGUCUUGCGUCCGAGGUUCUGGAGGAGUGGUUCGAGCCCUGGUUCCAGGCGGAGAAGGCAUUCGCCAUGGAACGCUUCCAGGCCAUCAUGGCAACACCAGACGCGCGCAACAUCGAUUACGACUAUACUGGCACCGGAAAGACGAAGCCUACCUUUGGCGCUGUGCGGGUUACUGACCUGCUGAGAUCGAUCACGACCCAGUACGAGAGAGUCCGGACGUUCAAGCACAAGAUCCGCUUCUUGAUCGGCAUCCAGCUCGACAUCCUUGACGAGUUUCAUGAUCGCCUGCGCGGGUCUCUCGAGGCCUACCAAGCGCUCACAUCAACCGUCGGCAGGACAUUGCACGGCGUUACGAAAGAACAGCUCGCAGCUCUCGAAGGUACGGGCGCUCUCGAAUCACUAUGCAAGGUCUACGGGAGUGCCGAUCACGUUGUCAACACCCUCAAAGACUGGAGCAACGAGGAGUUCUUCGUCACGCUGUGGGACCAGCUUCAAUCACGCGCGACCAAAGAUGGCGAGCCUUCCAGAAUGUCUGGCGAGAUGAGCUACGAAGAGGUCAAGGAUCGCACGUCCACGGCCGUCGGGUCUGAUACGGACGAUGGCAUCCUAUUCGACGAGACGAUUGCGGCGUAUAGUCUGCGACGUAAGACGGCGCAGGAUUUCUUGGUCAACGCACUUGCCGACUCCCAUUACAAGACCUUCAGGGCCUAUGCGACGAGAACGCAGUGGACGACCAUUAGCGAUAGUGGCUCAGAGGUCGACCCGUCUCAACUGGCCGUCACCCCUGAGCUGGACGAGCCACUGAGGAUCCUGAAGCGCAACCUCGACUUCCUCGUCAAGGCACUCAGCACCGCCGCCUUCCGCCGCACAUGGCGCUCCACCCUCGACAAACUGCAGGAUCUGCUCUGGGGCGAGGUUCUUAUGAGGGCUAGCUUCACGGCGUUCGGUGCAGCGCAGUUCACCCGCGACGUGAACGCCAUCUUUGCCCUCGUGGAGAGGUACAUCCCCAACGGCGUCGCGUCGAUGACUAGUCUGGUCGAUGCACUGAAACUGCUCAACCUGCCGACCGAGCCUGUCGAGGGAGGGCUGUCGCUCAAGGAGGCGAGCGAUAGGGUGUUCACUGAUAACACGGAGGCGAAGAAGACGCUGGAAGAGCUGAUCAUCGACACGCUUACCCCCGCGAACGCGAGACACAUUCUGCAGCGCAGGGUUGAGAAUAAGGAAUAG